ACCAUUAAAUCGAACCGUGUCUUACAAGCACUAAGCGAUGUCAGCAGUAAUUAGUUUUCAUGAAACACUGCGGUCAUUUCACGCGACAUGGCUUUUUGAUUAUUACCUACGUUGCACUUCUCAUUUGGACCAGGCGGCGAUAUGUUACGGACAGUUUUACUUUCAGUAUUCUUACCAACAAUGAUGUCAGCGAAUCAGAAGCAGCCAUAUUUGUACCGUAUGCCACUCGACCCAAACGCAAAGGCUGUACCACCAUACACGGACAAACUAGAAAUGUACCCGGAGAAAAAUGUCAUUAAAGGUCGAACGAGCAAUCUCAAAGACAUAUACCUUAACGAAUACACAUUUACCGCAAAACCCAUUGAACCGGUUAAUGCCCAACCGGUUUCUAGAGCUGGAGAAAUAAAACAGAAAUCUAAUAAAAACGUACCUGGGUUCAUCAUAAAAUCCGUGGACUUGAAAAACAAUGAUGUUAUCAAAAAUGAGGUAAAUAUAAAUGAUAUUUUUUCAAAAGUCAAACCAAGUCAGAUACACAGAAUAAAAGUACCCUUAAUAAGCGAUCCGGUUAAUGUACCAAAACAAAAUGUUGUACCACAUGUCCUUCCCGGACUUUCAAAAAAUCAAUUACAAGAAUCAAAGAAAAUCCCGGGAAAAUUCCCGAUAAACGAGUAUAUACCGUUAACCCAAAGACCGCUUAAAUGGUCAAUACCGAUAGAAACCUUAAAAACGGUAAUUAAACCGGCAAAUAAACCAGAAGAUGCCAAAAACCGGUUUUCGUCGUUAACGGAAGAAAUGCUCAACCCGUUGCCAUUAGCUCCCAAACUUAGUAAUUUAAACAAAGAUAGUAUGCUGAAGGAAAAAUUAGUAUCGUUGCUUCUGUCUUCAAGAAAAGAUUUAGAAAAGCAAGUAAAGGACUUACAAUCAAUCCAUGAGGCGCUCAAAUCAGAAACGAUGUACAAGAUCGGCUAUCUAACGAGUCAUAUGAACAAGAUGAACAAACAAAUAACUACGUUAUAUAAAAAUGUUCAGAAUAAUCACCAUAAUUUGGAUUCGCUUCAAAUUUUAGAAGCUUAUGAAAAGGUGAAAGGAAAAGACUUGACGCAACGCCCAGCCACGAAGUCCUUCCUAAGGGCUAAAAAGCCUGCUCAACGAAAAAAAAAGAGGAAGAAGCCUUCUGGAUCGCCCCUAAUAAGCCUGAUAAAACCGAUCAGCUGGGCAUACUAUGACGACUAAACCUUUGAAUUAGAUAGGCAACAAUAUUUAUUUUAGGACACUUUAAAUUUUCACAUUCUGUAGGCAUUAGUGAUCAGAACACUAGAGACGCUAAAAAUUUAUAAUAUUUACUAUAUCUAAUAACCUAACCACAAAAUUAAAAUAGUGGGCCGAUUUUCAUGAAAG